AUGCGUUCACUUAGUUCCCUGUCUCGCGCUGCAUCUACGCUCUCUAGGCCACCGCGUCCCCUAGUUGGUCAUGCUCGACAACGCCGCACACAACCUCUCGCACUCUCGCACUUCAAGCGGCAGAUAACUUCCGAGUCAGAGCAGCCUCAGUCUGCAGAACCUUCUGAACACGACCUUCGGUAUGGGUUCUACGGAGUAAUUCUUCCUGAAGAGCCAUUUGUCUGGGGAACGUCGCAUAUGAUACCUCGCGGAGUCCCUCCUCAGAUAACCAGGCCUUCAUACGUGCCCGACCCGAGCAAUCCUGACGCGGUUCUGGAGGGAGGCCCUUCAAGGGCGAAGCGCAAGCUCAUCACUGAUGCGGAGGAUCUGCAGAAGCUGAGACGGGCUGCGAAGCUGGCCGCGGAGACGUUGCAAUUUGCGGAAUUGCUGGCCCAGCCAGGGAACCCAACAGACUUCAUUGAUAUGGGCGUGCACGAGUUCAUUCUCGAGCAUGAAGCCUACCCAUCCCCCCUGCUGUACAAAGGAUUCCCAAAGUCAUGUUGUACGAGCGUGAAUAACAUCUUGGUGCAUGGGAUACCAGACGAUCGGCCGUUGCAGGACGGCGACAUCGUGAACGUGGACGUUACGGUAUAUCUGGACGGGUUCCAUGGGGAUACGUCCCGCACAUUCCUCAUUGGUGAUGUAGACGAGAAGGGCAGGGAGCUCGUGAGCAUAACAGAAGCUGCCCUUGAGGUUGGUAUCGCGGCAUGCGGACCCGGAAGACCAUUCAAGGACAUCGGCAAAGCCAUUCACCAGCUGCUGCGAGGAAAGGACUACUCUGUCUCCUCCGCAUUCACUGGACAUGGUAUCGGGCAAGAAUUCCAUCGUCAGCCUUGGAUUCAUCACGUUUUGAACGACGAGCCAGAAAUCAUGCAACCGGGAGACUGCUUUACCAUCGAGCCGGCCAUCGUGCAAGGUGACGAUCCUUCCGGAGUCACCUAUCCUGACGGCUGGACAGUGUCAACAGAGAAUUGUGCUCGGGCAGCCCAAGCCGAACAUAUGGUUCUGAUCACAGAAACAGGUGCAGAAGUCUUGACGAGACUAUGA